UUUAUUCUAGUAAAAUCUAAAAUGUAUUACUAAUAUUGACAUGCUGAUGGUUUCAUAAAAUAAAAUAAAAUAAAAUAAAAUAAAAUAAAAUAAAAUAAAAUAAAAUAAAAUAAAAUAAAAUAAAAUAAAAUAAAAUAAAACCAACAUUUAUCAAGUCUUGCUGUGCAUCCAUUUUAAGUAUUUGUUUGUCUGUUUGUGACGUUUGCCUUUUGAUUGCAUGUCCCAACAAAAACCGGGCUAAUCCAGCUCUACCAGACACUAAAACACCCUGCAGACAUGCAGUAGAAUCGGGUCUCCCUAAAUCCCUAAAUGAUGUAGCAACCCCAAAUGCUAUUAUGCUAAAUGCUAAAUGCUAUUUUAUUCAGUCUUUGAAUGCUUAACAUUCUCGUCCCCCUUGUUGGUCAUCCUCUUGUAACUCGAUGCCGACGCUUUUAAUGUGGCGGGUUUGCAUGCGCGUGCGGGCAUUGGAUACCCAGCUUAGGGGGCUGUCCUCCCCUGAAACCUCGAGGCGGGGGGGGGGUGACGGGGGGGCAGCACAAGCGCUAACAUUGCUAGGACGAAGAAGUGGACGCUACUUUGCAAGAGCAACAUCGAGAGACGAAUUGAGAGUCGUGCUCCAGUCUGUCUUGUCAAGACUUGUCUGGGACCUUACUGGAUCAUCUGUUCAGCAUUCCUUUGCUUUUCUUAACCCCCCCCUUAACCCCCCCCCACCCGCCACCUUUACAUCCCGAGGCACUGAGGAUUAAUCAGAUCCUUCCUGCAUUUGCCUGUAUCACUUUUGUUUGUCUCUCUCUCUCACCUGUUUGCUUGGUGAAAAAAAAAAAAAAAAAAAAAAAAAACUCCUGAAGUCGGUCCACACCCAAUCCGCUGGUACUUCAAUGAAAACACGAAAACAAGUUUGAGAAUUUCCAUAAGAGGAUCGGUUCAGAUGUUCGCCUUACUGACUGACUGACUGACUGACUGACUGCAGUUGACAGCCUGAGUUAAGGGUUCUGACUCACGAUGAACAGAGACUCGAGACUGGCGAGGAAAUCGGUGGCGGCAGGUUUCGGACAUGGCCGAAGACACUCAUGCUUGGGUUUUGACGUGGAAAAUGGCCUUUCGGUGGGUCGCAGUCCUCUGGACGCUCAGACCAGCCCGGGCUCAGGUCUGGUCCUCCAGUCCAACGUCCCGCAUAGUCAGCGUCGUGAGUCCUUCCUCUACCGCUCCGACUCUGACUAUGACCUGUCUCCUAAAACCAUGUCCCGGAACUCAUCCACGGCCAGCGACUUGCAUGGAGAAGACAUGAUAGUUACUCCAUUUGCACAGAUCCUGGCCAGUCUACGGACGGUGAGAAGUAAUUUUGCUGUUCUCACACACUUGCAAGACCGCGUGGGGAACAAGUGGCCGUCGAGCAGCAACCAGCCACCUCUGUGCCAUGCAGAGGAGCCUCAUCAAAAACUAGCAAUGGAGACUCUGGAGGAGCUGGACUGGUGUCUGGACCAGCUGGAGACGCUUCAGACGAGGAACUCGGUCAGCGAGAUGGCGUCGAAUAAGUUUAAGAGGAUGCUAAACCGAGAACUGACUCAACUAUCAGAGACCAGUCGCUCAGGGAAUCAAGUGUCAGAGUUCAUCGCCAAUACCUUCCUUGAGAAACAACACGAUGUGGAGAUCUUGUCUCCACCGCCAAAGGAGAAGGAGAAGAAGAAGAGGCCCAUGUCACAGAUCAGCGGUGUGAAAAAGACCACACCGAGCCCCAGCCUGGCAUCUACCUCCAUCCCUCGUUUUGGAGUCAACACCCCGCAGGAGAACCUGCUGGCUGGCGAGAUUGAGGACCUUAACCGUUGGGGGUUGGACAUAUUCAAGAUAGCAGAACUCUCCGGAAACCGCCCUUUGACGGUUUUAAUGUUCUCCAUCUUCCAGGAACGAGAACUUUUAAAAACCUUUAAAAUCCCGAUGAACACCUUCAUCACCUUCAUGAUGACGUUAGAGGACCAUUACCGUGCUGAUGUCGCUUAUCACAACAACAUCCAUGCCGCCGACGUGGUGCAGUCCACGCACGUUCUCCUGUCCACGCCGGCUCUGGAGGCUGUCUUUACAGAUUUAGAGAUCAUGGCCGUUUUGUUUGCUAGCGCCAUCCACGAUGUCGACCACCCAGGCGUCACCAACCAGUUCCUGAUAAACACAAGUUCUGAGCUGGCGUUAAUGUACAACGAUGCCUCAGUGCUGGAGAACCAUCACCUCGCCGUGGGCUUCAAACUGCUCCAAGGGGACAACUGUGACAUCUUCCAGAACCUCAGCAAGAAACAGCGAGAUUCCCUUCGCAAGAUGGUGAUCGACAUGGUGCUAGCCACAGAUAUGUCCAAACAUAUGAACUUCUUGGCGGACAUGAAGACAAUGGUGGAGACCAAAAAAGUCACCAGCUUGGGAGUUCUCCUUCUGGACAACUACUCGGACCGAAUCCAGGUUCUUCAGAACAUGGUUCAUUGUGCCGACCUGAGCAACCCGACCAAGCCUCUGGAACUUUACCGACAGUGGACGGACCGCAUCAUGGUGGAGUUCUUCACACAGGGAGACAGGGAACGCGAUAAGGGAAUGGAGAUCAGUCCCAUGUGCGACAAACACAACGCCUCCAUUGAAAAGAGCCAGGUGGGUUUCAUCGACUACAUCGUACACCCACUGUGGGAGACGUGGGCGGACCUGGUGCACCCCGACGCUCAGGACAUCCUGGACACGCUGGAGGACAACAGAGAGUGGUACCAGAGCAUGAUCCCUCGUAGCCCCUCACCGUCCAGCCCCGAGGAGCCCCACGCCGAGGUCAGACCAGGAGGAACCGGGUGUGUAGCGGGUCCUAACCCCGCUUCGGGUCUAAGCGGGGACAAGUUCCAGUUUGAACUCACACUGGAAGAAGAAGAAGAGGACGAGGAAUUGGACUCUGACUUGGAAAGUCCACUCGAGGAUGACCCCCAGUCGGGGGUGGAGCGGCACCGGGACUCGCCUUCCCCGUCGACGUCCCCGGACACCGGUACCAGGUACCGCCCACCUUCACCUCAUCCUUUAUGGGCCUUGAUGGGACUUGAGUCUGACGUCGCAGAGCGCCCACCGUCAUAGACCCGGUCCGGGCGGACGCAGAGGUCACAUGACAACCAGCACAACCCGCCCCCUGCCUUUGAAGACACAGCAGCACGGAGCGGGCGGCAGGGCGGGCCCUUAUUUACCAAUAAAGUCUGUAAAAUCACCACGGUCCCUUUACACUGGAGACAGCCUCUCUGUAGACGGAGGGACGCUCGCCCCCCCCUUUUUUUUUCAUUUCAUAUUCGGGUGCCUAGUAAGUUUAUUUCCCAUCAUGCUUUGGGAGCCUCACUUGGGAGCGUCCAUGGAAGAAGAGUAACGCCGAGGCGACGCCCCUUCCAGAACGAAAGGUAAAAGAAACGUCUUCCUUUUAAACUACUGUAACAAUCGGACACAAGGGUCUCGGAAUUAUUUUUGCACCAUUUAGAAUCGGAGAGUCCAUUUUUUUUGGGGGGGGGGGGGGAUUUUUUCGGAAUUUGAAUGUUUUGAAGUGAUUGUUGAGGAGCAGCCAGAGAAUCAACGGACCUAGACUAGACCUCAGGGUGUUGAAAAAGUCAAACGGAAUGUAGCGUGGAUGUAUUCCCGGAAUUCCUUCUUCCUUGUUGGACUUAUCCCGGGAGGCGGAGUUGGCGGAGUUGGCGGAAUUGGCGGAAUUUUGAAGUGAAACCCUUUAAAUUCGGCAUCUAAAGCAAUCGUCAAACCAGCUUGUAGCAGAACACGGAUCCAGCACUAAAGAAGACACUACCUGUAUCCAAGCUUUAUUGUUUUUUUUAAUUUUUUUUUUUUUUAUACCUUUAUUUAAACGGUGUCCUUGUUUCAAAAGUAUGUCUUUUAUCACUUCUUUGUUGUACAUUUGCUGGUCUCGUCUGUGUUUAUGUGCUUGAAAAGCAUUUUUGCUUAUUUGAUCAGGGUGCCUCCAAGUCCGCAAGUAGCACUUUACCGUUUUUUUUUGUCGCUCGGCUUUUAUUUUUUUUUUUAAAUGUGUUUCCAAAGGGCUUCACCGCACUGUAGGUCUCCACGUCAUGAAUACAGCAACCGGGUACCUGAAGGCGGGGCAGGAAAAGGACCCGUUUCUUGGAACUAGUUAAAAAAAAAAUGAUGUUAUAAAUGGGUUUAUGAUUAUGCCAAUAACGGUCUUAACUUGUUUUUGCACAAAAUGUGCUUGAUUGGCUUGUCGAGCAUCAGUAAAGCCAACAAGAUGAAAAAUGAUCCUAAUUGCCUUUGGCCUUAAACCAUAUUAUUGUACAGAGUCACAUUUUUAAAAUUAUAUUUUAACAUAUUUAUUUCCAGAUUUAAAUACUUUUAUUUAAAAAAAUACAUCAAAAUUAUGCAGAAAAUGCCCCUUAUUUUAAAAUUAUUUUAACUUAUUUAAAAUUAUUUUAAAUUAGAAUGUAUGAUUUUUUUUUACUAUAAAUAAAAAAUACAUUAUAGAUUAAUUAAUUACAUACAUUAUUACAUAAGUUGUGUGGUUAGCGCCGAGGCCACACAGCUAGGAGACCAGAGUUCGAUUCCACCCUCGUCCAUCGCUUAAUUAAUUAAUUAAUCGAAUUAAUUAAUUAAUUAAUUAAUUAAUUGCCGACUCCAAACAUCAGUAUCACAGUACUGUGAACAUCCAGCAGCAACACAACAUUUUGGAAUGACUACUAUUUUGAUGAAAAAUACACUGAACCAGGGCUGCACAGCUAGGAGACCCGAGUUCGAUUCCACCCUCUGCCAUCUCUUAAUUAAUUGGCGGCUCCAAAUAUCAGUAUCACAGUAUCACUCGGAUACUGUGAACAUCCAGCAGCAACACAACAUUUUGGAAUGACUACUAUUUUGAUGAAAAAUAUACUGAACCAGGGCUUCACAGCUAGGAGACCAGAGUUCGAUUCCACACUCGGCCAUCUCUUAAUUAAUUAAUUAAUUAAUUAAUUGGCGACUCCAAAAAUCAGUAUCACAGUAUAACUCGGAUACUGUGAACAUCCAGCAGCAACACAACAUUUUGGCAUGACUACUAUUUUGAUGAAAAAUAUACUGAACCAGGGCGGCACAGCUAGGAGACCAUAGUUCGAUUCCACCCUCGGCCAUCUCUUAAUUAAUUAAUUAAUUAAUUGGUGACUCCAAAUAUCCCCGCCUAGUACCCCGCCUCUCGCCCGAAGACAGCUGGGAUAGGCUCCAGCACCCCCGCGACCCUUGUGAGGAAAAAGCGGUAGAAAAUGAAUGAAUGAAUAAUUACAUACAUUAUUACGUAGGAUGAGUGGUUCGCACAGAGGCCACACAGCUAGGAGACCCGAGUUCGAUUCCACCCUCGGCCGUCUCUUAAUUAAUUAAUUGAUUAUCACUCGGAUACUGUGAACAUCCAGCAGCAACACAACAUUUUAUACAUAUUGGUAUCGGAAAUUGAGAGUUGGGCAAUAUCGGCCAUAACUAAUUAUUAUAUAGAAUGUUAACAUUUGACUUUACAUUAUUUAGUUAUUAAUUAUUAUGGGGUAUUCACACUGUAAAAAAAUAUAAAUGUUAAAAAUAAAAUGUAUCAUAAAAUAUGAUGAAAUAGUACAGUAAUAACUACAGUUAUGGACUAAAUUAUUACACCAUCCUUAUUUUUUCAGCAAAACUAACGGUACCUUUGUUUGGACAAAUAUAAUGACAACGAUUAUGAUAAUGAUUGGCUAUUGUAAAAAAUAAAUAAAUAAAAAAAACACACGGAAAUGGUGCGGUAUAAGCUCUUAAAUUAAACUCUUAUGAUCUAUUUUUGUUGUCAUCAAAUGAACAAAAUAUAUAAAAUAUUAUUAUUAUAAUUGUUUGAUAUAGAUGUAUUUAUUUGUACAAACCACUGUAUCAGUUGCAGGCACCAGCAGCACUAAAUACACUAACAGACCUGCCAAUCUUGAAGAAAUGUUACGAGUCGUAGCCCCCCCCCCCCCCCCCCAACUUAUUAGCCCCCCCCCACUAUUUGAUGGGAAACGCUCUGCUCUAUCAUGACUUGUUGGAAAUGACCCACAAUGCAUUAACUCUAGUGCCUUUAAAAUAAAAAUGAAUGUAGUUUCAUGUAGUUUAUGGUUCAACCUAUUUAUUGCUACUUUUUUAGUGGGGAACCAUUUCCUGCCCAGCCCACAGGUACACUCGGUUAAAAAAAAAAUAAUCAUAAAAAAAAAAGGAGCACAGGUGUGAAAGUUGCUGAAAGAAAUAACUGUAAUUCAAACUGAUUGUCUUAUUUGGUAGUAAAGUGCUUGACCGGGAUAAAUGUGUGCCAACGGUGUUAGAAUCCCACACACACACAUACACACAUCUGCCAGCCUACGAUGCUACAUUUCUACACUAGUAAUUUCUUCGAUUUUUGUGCCACUUAGUAGCGCUCCACCGUUUUAAUCAUCCGAUAGCCGAGUGUUUGAGGAGCUCUUUGCGUCCGUGUGUGUGUAGGUGUGUCCCGUCUAGAUCAGUAUUUGUGGUCAACACACAGGUAGAAAGACCAGGAAGUAAGCCAGCACCACACUUCCUGGUCAGGCGGUGGUAGAAAACACUAGUGAGUUGUAUUGAUCAGCCUUAUAUUUAGGGUGUUGGCGCGUGAUGUUCAAGGACCAUUGGACUGUAUUUCAGAUGCCGAGUCCAAAAAUAGAUUGCAAUUCUAAAAAACGGGCCUCCUUAAAAAAAAAAAAAAUUCGCAAAUUUACCACUUUUAAUAAGGUUAGAGAAUAAGGUUGUAAAUUUACGACUUUAUUUACUACUUUACUUACUUAUUUACUCUUAUUCCCGAAAAAAUUGCAAGAGUAAUGUCAAAAAUUUACUCAAAAUGUGUAAUUUUGUUUUAUUGAAUUUUGUGGUAAAUUUACAUUUUUUUUUUAAAUUGCAGAUUAUUUUAAUAAUUGGUCAUUAAUUUUUUUUUCUUGUAAAUUUACAGGAAAAAAGAGAAAAUUAAAAAAAAAAAUCAAGUCAUGUUAUGAGAAUAGUCAUAAAUUUAUGACUUUUGUUAUAAGAAUAAGUCUCGAAGGAUUUCAAAAAUCAAGACGAGGAAAUUAGUAAAUAUAUGACUUUAUUUUUCACAAAAUCUCAGAUUUUAUUUUUAUUUUGUGAAAAAUUUACAAUUUACUACUUUAUUCUUAUGUUCGAAAAAAAAUCCCCAAAAUCAGUAACAUUUUUUAAUUAAAUUUUGGGGUAAAUUUACAAUUUUAUUCUUGAAAUCACAGAUUAUUUUAAUACUUGGUCAUUACAAUUUUUUCGAGUAAAUUUACAGGAAAAAAGAGAAAAAAAAAUGUAAUAUUACGAGAAUCAAGUCAUGUUAGGAGAAUAGUCGUAAAUUUAUGACUUUUUUCUCAUAAAAAUAAGUCUCAAAAGAUUUCAAAAAUAAAGACGAGCAAAUUAGUAAAUGACAUUAUUCUUCUGAAAAUCUCAGAUUUUAUUUUAUAAAUUAUUAUUUUUAUUUUAACUUUAUUCUUGUGCUAAAAAAAAUCCCCCAAAUUCUCAAAAUCAGUAACAUUUUUAAAUAAAAUUUUGGGGUACAUUUACAAUUUUAUUCUUGAAAUCACAGAUUAUUUUAAUACUUGGUUGUUGGGAAUUUUUUCUUGUAAAUUUACAGGAAAAAAAGAGAAAAAAAAUUGUAAUAGUACGAGAAUCAAGUCAUGUUAUGAGAAGUAAAUUUACGACUUUAUUCUUAAAAUCUCAGAAUUUUUUUUAAUUUGGAAAAUGUACAAUUUACUACUUAUUUAUGACUUUAUUCUUAUGCUUGAAAAAAUUCCAAGAGUAAUGUAAAAAAAUUAUGACUUUAUUCUCAGAAUCUGUAAAAAAAUUUUAAAUAAAAAUUUUGGGUAUUCUUGAAAUCACAGAUUAUUUUAAUACUUGGUUGUUACAAGUUUUUUCUUGUAAAUUUACAGUAAAUAAGAGACAAAAGUAUGACGAGAAUCAAGUCAUUAUGAGAAUAAAGUCGUAAUUUUUUUAAUUUUCUCGUCUUUAUUUUUUUAAAUCCCUUUUUCUCAGAAAAAAAGGGUCAUGAUUUGACUUUGAAAAAUACGGGCGAGUUGAACUCAGCACAGUGGUUCUUGACACGAAAACAUCAGUGCCAAAAAAAAAGUAUUCCAAUAAACGUGUACACGGGUGUUCCUGCGCUCGAUCACUUUUUGUGUUGAGCCAUCAUCAUUCAUGUUGAUCAUGUCGUGCAAACUUCUCGAAAGCUAUUUAUUCCUACAUGUCUGUCUGUCCAGGACAAAGUACUGUAAAAAAAAAAAAAAAAAAAAAUGUUCUGGAGCCGAAAGAUCAAAUAUACUUUAAAGUAUACAGUAGAUCUACCACUCUGAAAGCUUUUGCAUUUUAAAAACCAAAUGAUUUUCGGGAGGCCAGGGUGUACCAUGUGGGGAAAAUGCCAAUAAAUGAUAUGGAAAUUAA